CCCCUCCCCUUCCGGCAGCGAUGGCGGCGGCGGGGCUGGCGGGGCUGGGUCCCGGCGAGGUCGCGGCGGCCGCUCAGGCGCUGGCGCUGCCCGCGGAGUCCUUCGGCAACGACCCUCGCGUGGAGCUGGCCUGGGCCAUGAAGGCACAUCAGCACGCCCAGGUCUACUUCAAUCUCAUCUCCUCCGUGGAGCCCAAAUUCCUGAAGCUCACCCAGCUGGACGAGCGGAUCUAUGAGCAGUUCCGUGGAACCUUCCAGAACCUGCGCGUGGACGUGCUGGACCCCGAGGAGCUGAAAUCAGAGGCGGCCAAGGAGAAGUGGCGCCCGUUCUGCCUCAGCUUCGAGGGCCUGGUGGAGGAUUUCAACUUCGGGACUCUGCUGCGCCUGGACUCGCGCGGGGAAUACUCGGAGGAAAAUUCCAUCCUGGCCACCAGGAUCCAGUUCCUGGCCAUCGAGAUCGCCCGGAACAGGGAGGGCUGCAAUGAGGACGUGCACAGGAGGGGCAGGGGGGCAACGGGGGAGAGGAACCACGGGGGGGAAUCCUGAAAUAAACCCUGGAAAACUGCAAUAAAUGCUGGAAAAACUUCUAUAAAUCCUGGAAAAUGGCAAUAAAUCCUGGAAAAACUUCUAUAAAUCCUGAAAAACUGCUAUAAAUCCUGAAAGUUCUGCAAUAAAUCCUGAAAUACUGCCAUAAAUUCUGAAAACGGCAAUAAAUCCUGAAAAAAUCCUGGAAAAACUGCAAUAAAUCUUGAAAAAACUUCUAUAAGUCCUGGAAAAACUGCAAUAAAUCCUGGAAAAACUUCUAUAAAUCCUGAAAGAAUUCAAUAAAUUCCAAAAGACUUUAGUAAAUCCUGAAAGGACUUUUAUAAAUCCUAAAAUGAUUUUUAUAAAUCCUAAAAGGACUUUAAUAAAUCCUGAAAGAACUUUCAUAAAUCCUAAAAUGAUUUUAAUAAAUCUUAAAAUUAUUUUAAUAAAUCCUAAAGGAUUUCAAUAAAUCCUGAAAGAAUUCAAUAAAUUCUGAAAGGACUUUAAUAAAUCCUAAGAUUACUUUUAUAAAUCCUAAAAGAACUUGAAUAAAUCCUGAAAGAACUUUAAUAAAUUCCGAAAUGACUUAAAUAAAUCCUAAAAGGACUUUUAUAAAUCCUAAAAUUAUUUUAAUAAAUCCUAAAAGGGCUUUAACAAAUCCUUAAAGAACUCUAAUAAAUCCUGAAAGAGCUUGAAUCAAUCCUAAAAGAAUUUUUAUAAAUCCUAAAAUGAUUUUAAUAAAUCCUAAAAAGACUAACAAAUCCUUAAAGAACUUCAAUAAAUCCUAAAAUGACUUUUAUAAAUCUUUAAAUGAUUUUUAUAAAUCCUAAAAUCUCCCUAAGUAGAUUUUUUCUUUUUUUUUUAAACCUAUUUAAACCUAAACACCUCAAAAACCCCCAAACCUCCCACCUGUGACCCCCCCCAAAACCUCGACCACAACAUUCCCAAUGUUUUUUUUUCUAUAAAAAAUGAAAUAAACCAAACUCUCGGGGCCCUGA